CUUAAAACCGCUCCCUAACAAAUUCAUAUCUGGGGACGUUCAAUCAUUCACCGCUGAGAUGCCAUUGCCGACGUCGUCCGAGGAGCUGGAGCUUGCUUGGGGGUCUGCUGGGUUGGUCAUUCGACAUGCAUUUGUGUGCGAGGUGAGCAUGCGUCCCGGAAAAGGUUCUUCCAAGACGAAGGUAUCGUUCUGGGACGCCAAGAAGAUGCUCGAGAAGUUGGGGGUCCAAUUCGACCACGCUCGGACAGUGACCAAGAGCAGUCAAGACACGGUGCUCGUCGUGCGACUGUACUUCUUCACGGCCCAUGCAUUCAACGACGCAUACUCCAUCGUGUCUGGGCAGCCGAACAACACCGUGUUCGCGCAGGGCAACGCGGUGGAGAUUCAGAUCGCCACGGUAGUCAACGACAACGCUACCGUGUCAUCAUCUCUUGCCGUCACUGCCCCGCCAGACUUUGACCAACACAUGAAGGGGUGUCGCAUCGACACGAUCGUUGUCAAGGGGUUGCCGGCCAAGUGGUUUGACGUAGACACGAAAUCGUUUCUCGACGACGACGACCAUCCUCCUCCAUCCAUCCAAAGCGCGUACAUGCAUGACCAGCAUGCUUUGUUUCAACUCUUCAGCACAUUUGGCGCUCUCUCGGCCAUCGACGUCGUGCCGCCGUCUGCCACUACUAGUACUACCGCUGGCGCCGACGACGGGACCACCGCCUCGUCGACAGUGUCCACAUCACACUUUGAUGCGUACGUACAGUUCAAGACAUACGACGGAGUGCGCGCCGCCCUCUCGACGCUGUGUGACGGUGGAAGCCGCGUGCUGUGCCACACAUCCCACGUAAAGACGUUUGUGCCGCUGGUGGCCCACGUCGACACGACCGAGUACCUCAGCGACGCGCAUAUUCGCCAGCGCCGAUUUGCAAGGGAACAGCGGUUGCAUGACCAGCAGGCCAAGGCGGCGGCCGCGAUCGCCGCGGAACGGCAGGCCAAGGCGUCGAUGGAGCAGGCCACGGCGUUAGUUGGGUCGUUGGGGGACGAGUUGGACAAAGCCGCCGCCGACGCCAUCCAGUUGUCUUCGUCGUUGGCCGAGCUCAAGGCCGCCGCGGCCGCAUACGGGGCUUUGAAGGCGGAGCCGACGAUGGAACGGGUGGCUAUCGUGCGACAGGCGCUGGACGUAGUCGGCACCUGCCUGGCGAAAGCUGUGCGCGACAAGGAGGAGCAUGAAGCUGCGAUACAGCGAGCCGCGUGGACCAAACAAGUCAACAAAGCGGCGGCGGCGGCGCGGGAUCUCAAGUUGGCGCGGCUGCAGAAAAAACUAUCGGCUGCCAAGCACUCGUUUGCAUCGAUUGUCGGCCACGUGGCAGUGGUGGCAGAUAUGGCAGCGGCCGACGAAGCAUUGGCGGUGGCAGUUCAAAGCGCGACUACGUCUCAUGGAAGUGCCACGUCAUCGUCGUCUUCUGUAAACAACGCCGAGGACGUCCAGACAUACUUGACCAAGCUGGAUGAAGACGUGGAUGAAGCCGUGCACUCGGUGGACGCGGUCGUAGCGCGGCUAGAAGUCGUGGACCGAUUCUAUCAGGUCGAACGUGCUGUCAAGAGCUGGAGUAUCGCGCCGUUUCACGUGCAAAGUCUGCUGCAAACCAUUGAAAACGAAGCGUGGGGGGACCGGACCGAGGACGUGGCCAAGCGAUUGGACGACCUCGACGAGGUCGUGCAGGCUGGUGGCCAUUUGGACAAACUGGUCGCUCGCCAUGUCGCUCUGGGCGAGCAGAUUGGUAGUGCAACCCCACGACAUGAAGACGGCGAGAACGACCUGCGACAGCGUCACACGGACAUUGGCCUGUUGUUGCACCGUGUCGCAGACGUAGGUGACGUGGCCGGCCUGCAGACGCAAAUGGACGCGCUCGAAACCCAAGUGUCGGCGUUUCUAGCAGACCAAGCGCAGCGAUGGAAAGAAGCCAAUUCUCACGCCGGUCAAAUGUCUCGCAUUCAAGCUGCUCGCAAACGUCUGGCGUUGUGGCGACGGGAAGUGGGGGCGCCCACCACGCCAGUGUAUGCGACAGAGCGUGUGACGGCGUUACCAGAUCGAUACGGCGGCACCAGUGCCCUAAAGAAGCCGCGCUUGGUGCAAUACGUGGCAGCGUCCAGUGGUAUCCCCCGGCUAGCCAGCUCCGUGUGGAUCGUAGACAACGACACGGGGGCGGUGCGUCCUCCCAAGACCCACGACGAGCGACUGCAGCAGGACAUGGAGGCGUUGCGCGUGCAGGUCGUGGAAAGCCAGCGCCGAGAGCUGGCAAAGGAGCGUCAGUUGCGGGCAUUGGUGCUGCAGAGCAUGAAACAACCGAAACCAGCGACGACGACGAACGACGGCGAUGCCACGUCAUAAUCUACCCUGAGUGUGCGCUUUGUGAGUGUUUUGAAACAUAUCAGAUACCUAACGGUAGACGAGGUUGUACAUAUGAUAUUGGGCACACGACCAGU